GAAAUGUGUUUGCAUGCUCGUCUCCGUGAGCGGGGAUGUAGAGGUGGGAUUGCGAGAGCGGAGAGGUUCGAGAGCCCACGCGUUCAGGCGUCCAGAAAAAGUGCUUUUGACCGUGAUUCGUCACCCGGUUCUGCGCGCUCUCGCCUCGCUCAGGGGCUCCAUGGUUUCCGGGAGCGCACAGUAAGCUUUUGCUGCUUUCGUUUUGACGUGGAUCGGCGCGGCAGGGAUCGGAGACGGACCGCUCGGACGGACACUCGGAGCCCUCCCCUUAGCUGGAAGCCGCCUUGGUAGUUUACCGUUUGCCAGUGGGAAGAUGACGGCUGAGGUGUAAAGCUGGUUCUUCAGUGCAAAGGCCUGCCUGCCAUUGGCUGGCCACUUUGUCAAAGAGGAGGCUCCUCCCUCAUCUGGGCAUCCAGUGGACUGAGACUACUGCCUGGCUCUUCCAUAGCUAAUCCCCUGUCCCCUCCCCAACCCCACCCCCCACCCUUCCACACACACACACAUACAAACACACAAUCACACCCUGGGGCUGGACCAUGUCUGGCGGACGGCCGGAGGGCAGCCGGACACCCGAGGCCCAGGACAAGGACAAAGAUAAGGACAAGGACCGGGAGCAGCAAAGCUGCAAGGAGGACAGCCCUGUUGUUGAACGGCGCAAUCGCAGCGGUAUCAUUAGCGAGCCCCUCAGCAAAAGUCUGAAAAGGUCUCGCACUCUUUCCCAGUACACUGCUGCCUGCCCUCAAAACACCAAUGGACUGAGCCAUAACGGCCAGGCCAAGGGAAAGGUCCAGUCUGGCCAGCACAAUCAGCAACAGCAGCAGCAGCAUCCGUCGUCCACGGCUUCGGCCCUGGUGCCUGCCAAAGCGGACAGGAGCCUGGAACAGGCACUUGAAGGACACAACGGCUUACUACACUUUGCUCAGGCAGCAGCACUGCUUAAGCGAGCAGGCAUGGAGCACAUGCUGCUGCCUGGGGGCAUGGGUGCAGGGGCGGGAGUGGGUGGAGUGGGCACUGAAGCAGGGUCGGGUGAUCUGGAGGGUGCAUCAGCAGGCGACACUGUGGGGGGCCUCACGGACUUCCCGUAUGGCAUAGGUGGUGGCUUUCCCUUCAACCCGGCUGGGCUUUUCAUCAUGACGCCGGCUGGUGUGUUCCUUGCCGACAGUGCCCUGCACAUGGCUGGCCUGGCUGAGUAUCCAGCACACAGUGAGCUGGCCUCUGCUAUUAAUGCCGGCAAAAAGAAGCGUAAACGUUGCGGUAUGUGUGCGCCCUGCCGGCGCAGGAUCAACUGUGAGCAAUGCAGCAGCUGCCGCAACCGCAAGACAGGUCACCAGAUCUGCAAGUUCCGCAAGUGUGAGGAGCUAAAGAAGAAACCAUCUGCUGCACUGGAGAAGGUGAUGCUGCCAACGGGAGCGGCGUUCCGGUGGUUCCAGUAGGGCUGUGACCUCCAACCUCCACCCAAAGCUCUGCCAUCAAGUGCAAUGCUAACUCUCGCUUGGGCCGACUCCAGCAACGACACUGGCUAGCAAGCAUACAAACCACGAAAAAAGAGAAAAACAAGCACCAGAAACUUCAUAUAAACACACACACACACACAAAUACACACAACAAAGCAGAAACGCUUACAAAAACGUAAUCAAUCGAAUAAUGGAUGCACCUACUUAUUCCUUGAACCAAAAAUUAAACAUAAUGAAAAAAAAUUAUGGCAACUUUCAUUCCCUUUUAUAUGUUUCCAUUUUGGUACCUUUUUGUCCUUUUUCCAGCAGGUUUUUUCUCUCGCUUAAACAUUUGAACAGUUCAUUGCCAAACAGAAAUGACAGACUGAGUGUGGACAAUCAACAAAAUUUCUGUGUUUGGUGUUAAUGUCGUUCACGUGUGGAAAGAUACAGUACUUGUGUAGAGAAUGUAAAUUUUACAGCUAUAUUUUAAAACUAGUGGCUCAUGGCAAGCACUAUUGUAAUUUAGCACCGUUGUUCUUACUUAAACCUCUGUAUUUUAUGGAUUUUUUUUUUUUUUUUUUUAUUUUAAAUUUAUAGUUUGGAAAAACUGAUCAAUGUUUGUCAUUUCAGAAGAAAAAAAAAGAAAUAAUUUCAAGAUGUAAAAAUCCCAUUUUUCUGAAUGGAAUGAAAGAACAAAUAUAUAUGUCGAGACCCCACGGUAUAGUGUAUAGUCAGGAUAGAUGAUGACUGUUGUACAUGUGGGGUUACUACUACUGGAAGUUCCUUGACCACCAAACCAUCCAUCUGUCCUAACACUUAAGUCUGCACUGUUUUGUUGUAAGACUGUGGCCAUAUAUUCGUUACGAUGUCUCCGUUGUGCAGGUGUGGAUUCAUCCUCCCAAGCACUUGGAGACAGCACUUACUCUGCCCAAUGAAACGCACUGAAAAAUUCUUCUUUUUUUUAUUUUAUUUGUUUCUUGGUUACUCUUUUAUUUCCAUGACAUUGCCAGUAGCUACAUCUUUUAAAAUGAACAGCGAUGUUUGUAUUGGAAUUAGAAGUAUGGGCUGGUUUUGUGAAUAAAACAAAUGCAUGUA